AUGGGCCCGGCGGAGGCCCAGGCGGGCGGCGCCCUGUUGGCGCCGCGGCUGGUGGCGGCGGCACGGGAAGAGCUGGCGGCUGGGGCCGGGCGGCGGCGGCGAUGGUUGCCGGCGGCCCGAGCCUUGCAGCUGGCCGGCGAGGUGCUGGCGGUGGCGGCGGGGCUGAAGCCGGCCUUGUUGUACGACUGCGGCGCGGCGGGCAUCGCCGAGCUGCGGCGGUACCUGUCUCGGUUAAGGGAGGCAGGGCUGGCCCCGAGCUGCCUCCAUUUGCUGGGUGUGGAGGGCUCGGCCCUGCUGCUGCACCUGGGGCUCGCCCGGCGGAGGCUGGCGGCUGUCCUGCGGGCCCACCCUGCUCCCUUCAUGGAUGUCUCUGCGGGGCGGCAUUGCCCUGUUCUCUGCGGGCCAGCGGAGGCUGAGGCCAUCAAGGGACACCUCGCGGCCCUCCUCGCCCACCUUGGGGCUGCAGAGGCUUCCAGCGCUGGCUCUGUGUCCUCCAGCGAAGUUGUCCCCACGGGCUGGAACCUUUGCACCAUCGUCGGGGUGCUGCUGGGCUACCCGGCGGCGUACACCUUCUCCAUGGAGGAGGGGGAGAACUGCCUGGCAAUGACACCGCUGAGGCUCUUCACAGUCCAGGCUUCCUGUCCCAGGAUAAAUGACAGUCUCAAAGUGCAGAUCUACUCCUUCAGUAUCCCGGAGAGCCUCUGCAUGGAGCUGAAGGAGGUGCUGGACACCUGGUGUGAUGAGCUGAAGGAGGCCUUCAGUGCUCAGAGAGACUUUGUAGACCUCUGCAUUGCGAGUGAGGUGGUGUCGCUGCCAGCUGUUGCCUUGUAAAACACAAGCUUGGGACUUUAUUUGCCCAUCUCUCACUUGCACCUGGGACUGAGGUGAGAUACCUGGUUCCUGUAUGCACAGCCCACUGAGUCUCAAGAGCCUCCUGAGCACCAAAAGCUGAAUUUUGACCAUCUCAGGCCCUGGAUCUUUGUAGGCCAGUUGCAAAUCAAGCAAGUGCACUUCCCAGAACCCUGGUAUGUGGAUGGAGGCACUCAACAAUUGCUCUGCAGCCUCCAUAUGGACUGCAGAAGGUGCUCUGUGAAGUCAGGGUGUCUUUACUUGCUGCAAAGAGCUGAGAAUUAAAACCCUGCAGCACUGUGGUAUCCUGAAUUUAAGUUCCUGUGGACUCCCUAUUGUAUGUACUACUCAUGCAAGGUGGUGUCACACACCUCUUAGCUGAGCCUGUGCU